CGUGGAAAGAAGCAAAGAUGAGAUCAGCUGUGCGGCUCCUCAGGUACGUGUGCGAUGCUCACACGAGUCGAAUUGGACCAUCGUUCAUAACUGCUGAUCUGAUCUGUGUGUGGGAGGUUUGCUCUGCAGGAGUGUGGACACCUGUCUGGCAGGGGCGUCAGCCAAGCUGACGCCGCCGGCAGCGCCACCCUCGUGGGCAUGUGUGCAUCAGCAGAGGCGGUACAUCGUCGACAAGGCUCUCGCCGCUAUCCAAUCAACCGCAGUCACACGAACCGAAGAGGAAUCGGUACCCCGCCCCGCCCCGCCCUGCACACACACGCACAUACGAGGCAUGAGUGUGUGUGUGUGUCUGUGUGCAUUCAUCGACUGCCUCACUCAUUGGUCGGUUGGCUGGUGCAAUCAACAUUUGUAGUUUCUCCGUGAGUGGAACGAGCAGCAGGCGCGUGAGGCCCGUGCGCUGUCCGCCAAGAUGUACGGCGACCCCCUGACCUACAUCGGGCCGGAGGAGUCGGAGCGCUACUACAUACCCAGGCCGCGCAACGACCGCACACUGCUUGGCAGGAUCUCAUGGCACAUGGGCGGGUACGUCUGGAUGCAUGGAUGGACAGAUGGAUGGAUGGAUGGAUGGGAGAGGGAAGGGCAGAGAGAUCUUCUCGUGUGGGUGUGUGCGUGUUGGGUGUCUGUCUGCAGGCAUCACAAGUUCCUGAAGCAUGUUGCGUGGCGGUUCGCGGCCCUCAUCCAUGAGAGGCUGGAGAACCACCAGCUCUGUGACGGUGCGCACCAAUUUGCAAUGUGUGAAUGAAGUGGUGAAGGCGGAUGGCAUUCAUUCUUUGGUUGUGUGUGUGUGUGUGUGUGUGUGUUGAUUGGUCAAACAGUGUUUGACAUCGGUCCUGGUUUCAACAUCCGGUGCUACUUCUUCAUGCUGCACGUGUGGAUGCUCCACUGCAGAUGCAUCACAUGCGUAAAGAUACCCGACACACACACACACACACACACACACAGAGAUGGCUGAUAGUGAGGUCCAUUUCUCUCUCUCUCUCUGUGUGUGUGUGUGUAGGGUUGGGAGGGCCAUGCGAUAGACGAGUGGAUGUUUUGGGGGCUGUGGUACGUCGUCCAGGACUGGAUGCUCCUCAGAGAUGUAAACAAACAAACACACACAGACUGUCUACUCACAGACAGACGUCGAUUCGAUGAAGGACCUUCUGUCUGUCUGUCUGUCUGUCUACUGCCAAUCCAAUCGUGUGUCUUUGGUUCGUCUCAUCUCAUGUCAUGUCAUGUCAUGUCAUCAGGUGCCCGAGUACCGGUGGAUGGCUGAGCUCAAGAACAUCCAGGAGUACAUGUACGGGGUACGCCACCUCAGCUCAGCCGCCCGCAUUGCAUUGCAUGCAUGUGAUGCCAUCCAUGAUAAGAUAAGCGCUCGCUCUUUUUCUCUCUGUGUCUGUUCUGUUUGUGUGCUCACGUGUCGUCAGUUUUGUGUGUCGUUGGAUUUGGCGAUGGAGAAGUCCGACGUGCUGCCGGCACGGGUCAGGGAGGUCCUCUGGGGGUAUGUAUGUUAUGUGUGCUGCUGAGCUUGUAACCACACACACAUCCGUCAAUGCAUUGAUAUGAUGCCUCCUCUUUCUCUGUGUGUGUGUGUGUGUGUGUGUGUGUCAGGAACCUGUAUAGCGGCGAGAUAGGUGAGGACUCGCCGGCCCUCGACCUGCUCACGAUUUACGUCCUCAGACAGGUAGGUACUCAUUCGACAUGCCAUGACAGACACCAGCCAAAAGGCAACACGAAUCAACCACACACACCACACCGGUGUCCGUCUCGUGUGUACCUAUGUGCCUGUGUGUCGGUGCUGUCUGUCGCAGCUUCAGUACGUGCUGCACAUGGACAAAGACCAGUUCCUCACCGGCAACUUCGUCUGGUACGUGCAGGGCAGUGCAGUGCAGAUGGAGGGAGACACCGAGAGAGAGCCCAGCCCACACCUCCCUGCAUCACCUCCAUCACCUCACCCGAUUCGAUUUCCCUUUCUGUCCACCUGUCUGUUUGUUAACACCCAUUACCUACAGGGCCGAUUUCCCCGUGGGAGACGUCCCCCGGAUGAAGGUCAUCCCGCCCCUCUCCCAGCGCAACAUCUACUUCGGCUUCAUGCCCGAGGGCGGACACGAAAAGUACUUCUACUUCGGCGACGGCACAAGAGACUACCCCUCAUCCUUCCCAGUCGUCAGACAAACCGAGCUCGAACACAAAGUCAGGAGAGGCGAGCUCCCCCCCGGCACCGAACUGGGCAAAACCCGCACCCUCCCGCCCCUCCAGCCACGGGCGCCACGGCUGACAGAGGGCAAAGGUGGGCGGCCGGGCCAGCCGAGGCUGCCCAAGCCAGUGGAGAAGCUGGAGGCCGGCGGGAGGGAGAGCAAGGUGGCGCCGGGCAGCGUGCCGAUGAGCCCCAGGUUGGCCCAGCGGAUGGGCACCAAGGAGGAGAAGGUGCCCAGGAACCUUCACGAGCUCAUCAAGAUGGCCAAGGGGGAGGAAAUCACCUGGGGAGAAGCGGAGCCGCCACCUUUCCCUGCAGAAGCCAAGGGCGGGGGUGGUGGGGAUGACAACAAGACAAGAGACAAGGCCGCGGCGGGGUCGAGCAGUGGUGUGGUGAAGCCGGUGCGGACAAGCGACACCAAGAAGGCGCGGCACGCGGCCGGCAACAAGAGCUCAUGAUAUGAUACAUGCUUGAUUCAUGCACGGCCGAGCUGAUAAGACGAAGGGGGGUGAGAUUCGGUGGAGAGGAGCCGACCGGCCAAGGGGUUCAUUCAGUGGUUGAUGGUGAGUGGCUUAGGAGGGAGGAGAGGCAACAAGAGGAAGCGCCCGGGUAGCCCGUGAGAGGCUGUGACGGUGUGUAUACUUGACGUGCUGACAUUCUCCACCAAUGGGUGAAAUCAAUGUGUCGCUGGGUGUGCUUAUGGGGCGGCAUGACGUUAUUUGGGUGUGG